UGCAUGUUUCGUGCAGUCGUGGGUCUAGUUCCCUAGAUGGUCAGGAUGGAGGCGUGGUUACCAAAUGAAGCCCUAUUGGGCCGGAAUCUAGCCCAUCGCCGGUGUACGCUUCACGGUCGGGCAUGGGGCGGUAUUGGGUUCUGAGUCAGACCUUCUUCACCCUAGCCUCCGACUCCAAACAAGGACGCACGCGCCUUCCUUCCCCUCUCUUCUACCUUGUGCUCCUCAAACCAAGCCCAAACCCUCCCUCGACCGCGGCGGCGACACGAUGGUGCUCGAGGCGACGAUGAUCUGCAUAGACAACUCGGAGUGGAUGCGGAACGGCGACUACGCGCCGUCGCGGUUCCAGGCGCAGGCCGACGCCGUCAACCUCAUCUGCGGCGCCAAGACCCAGUCGAACCCAGAGAACACGGUAGGCAUCAUGACGAUGGCCGGCAAGGGCGUGCGCGUGCUCGUCACGCCCACUAGCGACCUCGGGAAGAUCCUCGCCUGUAUGCACGGGUUGGAAGUUGGUGCUGAAGCAAACUUGGCUGCGGCGAUCCAGGUUGCUCAGCUGGCGCUAAAGCAUCGCCAGAACAAGAGGCAACAGCAGAGGAUUAUAGCUUUUAUUGGAAGUCCUGUGAAAUAUGACAAGAAAGUUUUGGAGACAAUCGGGAAGAAGCUGAAGAAAAACAAUGUUGCUCUUGACAUUGUUGACUUCGGUGAAUCUGAUGACGAAAAGCCUGAGAAACUGGAAGCACUGAUCGCUGCUGUCAACAGCAGUGAUAGCAGUCACAUUGUUCAUUCCCCUCCUGGUGAAAAUGCCCUUUCUGAUGUCCUUCUAAGCACUCCUAUAUUUACGGGUGAAGAAGGUGGAAGUGGUUUUGCUGCAUCUGCAGCAGCUGCUGCAGCUACUGGAGCAUCUGGGUUUGAAUUUGGUGUGGACCCAAAUGUGGAUCCUGAGUUGGCACUUGCCCUGCGGUUAUCUAUGGAAGAAGAGCGAGCAAGGCAAGAGACUAUUGCAAAAAAGACCACAGAAGAUUCUUCUAAUACUGAAAAUAAGGACCAUGCCUCAAGCUCAAACCGCGAUUCUGUUAUGGCCGAAGCAGAACCUGCCACAAAUUCUUCUGCCGAUGACAAGAAAGAGCAGCCAAAGGAUGAUGACGAUCUACUACAGCAGGCACUUGCAAUGUCAAUGGAGGGCGGUGCUUCAGGAUCUGCAGCUGUGGCUGAUGCUGCUAUGGCAGAAGCUGGUGCAGUUGACUUGGACUUGGCAUUAGCUCUUCAAAUGUCUGUCCAGGAUGCCAACAUGUCUGGUGAGUCUGAUAUGAGUAAGGUGUUUGAAGAUAGAUCGUUUGUUACAUCUAUCCUUAAUUCGCUUCCCGGUGUUGAUCCCAAUGAUCCAUCUGUUAAAGAUUUGCUGGCUUCAUUGCAUGGCCAGGCAGAGCAAGUGAAGAAGGAAGACAAGUCGGACAAACCAGAAGAUGAGAAGAACUAAUGUAGCCAUUUUCUUGCUUCCCUACUUUGCAGGUGCACAAAGCAAUUGAAGAUUUGGCUGCAUUUACUCUGUCGGUCGUGGAAAUUUACUUAUCCUUGUGUAAUUGUGCUUUGACCAUAACUUAAUGCUGAGAGAAUUUGUAUUAUGACUGCUACAAACUUCUCUCCAUAUAUGUUCAAGAGAUUUAGUAUUGCAAGCUCA